CGCCAGCUGUUGAAGUUACGUUUGUUUGAAAUCAAACGGCAACUGAAGUUUGUUGGGUUGCUUAGAGCUUCGAAAUUUUAUCUGCCAUGUAUGGACGGUAAAUACUCUUAAUUGUAACAAGAAGAGGGCAUGCAUAGUGUUUAAAAAGUAAUAAUAAUUUAGAAAAGGAGAAGAAUCGAUUUAUAUAUAAAAGAUUGGGUGUAAAAUUGGAACUAAAUAAUGGCCACGAUUCGAGUACACGAGGAUCAAGAAAAUCGAAUUAGCGAUGUUCGUCGCGGCAAAGAAAAUAUUUCCGUGCCCCUUCAAAGUCAAACAUUGCAACCAACAAAACGUGCAGUUUUAGGUGUUCUUCACAAUAAUUGUAAUCGUAAUACGAAACCAGAAAUAUACAAGGAUGAAAAGUAUCCAAAAACAAAAGCUGUUAUACCUACACAGUUUGAACCUUUUAAAAUUUAUGAUGAGAAAAAGGAGGAAGUUACAUUUAAAAUCUAUGAAGAUAAGUUAGAAGAAGAAACUUCUGUUGCACUUAGAGACACAAAGGAUAAAAAAGAAAUAAAAGAGAAGGAAGAUCUGAAACCAGAAAGAGAGAAGCCAAGGUUAGAAGUGAAUCCUAUGACUGUCUCAAAUUUACCAACAUUUUACAAUGCUAUUGAAGAUAUAAAUAAAAAGAAAGAAAAUGAUGUCAUUUUUUCACAAGGCAGUCCAAUGUCUUUAGAAAAAUCAAUUUCUUAUUUGUCUUCCUCAAAGAAAAACCAUCAAAAACGAAGAAAGUCUAUUAAAGAAUUGAGAAUGAAUUUUUUUGAUGUAGAUGAAUAUAGAGCUGAUAUAUAUAAUUAUUUACGUGCUGCAGAAACACAGCAUAGACCAAAACCAGGCUAUAUGAAGAAACAACCUGAUAUAACAUAUUCAAUGAGAUCGAUAUUAGUGGAUUGGCUUGUAGAAGUUGCCGAAGAGUAUCGGCUACAAACUGAGACACUUUAUUUAGCUGUUUCAUAUAUAGAUCGCUUUCUAUCAUACAUGAGUGUUGUAAGAGCAAAAUUACAACUUGUAGGUACAGCAGCUAUGUUUAUUGCUGCAAAAUACGAAGAGAUUUAUCCACCUGAUGUAGGCGAAUUUGUAUAUAUCACAGAUGACACAUAUACGAAAAAACAAGUAUUACGUAUGGAGCAUUUAAUAUUGAGGGUUUUAUCUUUUGAUCUAACUGUUCCAACACCACUUACCUUUCUUAUGGAAUAUUGUAUUAGUAAUAACCUUUCUGAAAAAAUUAAAUUUUUAGCAAUGUAUCUCUGUGAAUUAUCAAUGCUUGAGGGGGAUCCAUAUCUCCAAUUUUUACCUAGUCAUUUAGCUGCAUCUGCAAUUGCACUUGCACGGCAUACAUUGUUAGAAGAGAUGUGGCCACAUGAGUUAGAAUUAUCGUCAGGGUAUAGCUUAAAGGAUCUUAAAGAAUGCAUUUUGUGUUUGAAUAAAACCUUCUGCAAUGCAUUAAAUAUUCUACAACAAGCCAUCCAAGAAAAAUACAAAAGCAGCAAAUAUGGACAUGUAGCAUUAUUAUUACCACGACGUAUUGAUAAUGUUACACUGAGCUCUGAAGAUGAAGAAGAAAAUGCCUAAUAGGCAUUACACAAAAAUAGAAAAAUCUAAAAAUUUAUACAUAUUUGGAGAUAACGAACCUCCCGUUGUAAAUCCCGUGUUUUGAAAGACAAGGAGGGGAUUAGGGCAAGACUGAGCUAUUCUUUCACAAAUGAAAUGAACGAGUUACUUCUAUUAACAUAUGGUCACUAUGUUUAGCCUAGACAAGCAUAUUGACUUUAUUUUUCAUAUCCCACCACCGCCACCUAUACGUUUUAUAGGUUGUAGGUAAAUUUUAAUAACUGUUUUUAGAGCUCCGUCAUUAUAUUAACGAAUGAAGCUCUAAAUUAUGUUAUUUAGGAAUUUGUAUUUUUAUAUGCAUUUUUUAGACGAUUGUUAACAGAACACUUGCUCUACAUACAUGAUAUCUAAAUUUUGUUGCCAGUGAUCUGUCAUAAAAUAAUAGGAAGUGUAAGAAACAAUAACUGUAUUUAUUAUUCACAUUGUACUAAAAAUAUACAUCAUUGUGAUGGAAACGCGUCUAUGUAUUAAAAUGACUACAACAUUCGUCUAUUUUUAGGAUUCUGACAUAGCUAUUUAUUUACGAUCUUUUAUGGUGUAACCAAAAAAAGUAAUGUUAUUAAUCACUUUUCUUCAUCUAUUUUUGAAAAAUAUAUUGUACAUACAUUUCAUAGAUCAUGCUAUUUAAAAGACAUUCCUGUUUAUACAUACACGUGCAUUUACAGAUAAAUUUUCAUUUUAAAAUAUACAUUACACGAAUGUUCAUAUAGAUAUUUUAUGCAUGAUCUCUGAGCAAAACAAAAGUAUUCAAGUGUUUGAUACACUAUGCGUGUCUAUAAUGUUCAUAUUAAAAAGGGAUAUACACAUAAUUUUGUUUUUUGUUGUAUUUCGAUUAUAAUGAAUAUUUUAAUUAUAAUAUUUACGAUAUAUAUAAAGAUACAUCUCAUACAAUAAUUGUGUAAUGUUUUUAAAAAGACAUGACGAAAUCAAAUUGUUAUGAUAAAUUAUAUACUUUAAAAGCAAAUUAAGCAGGAGGUUAAUCGUUAAAUAGCAAUAUUCAAUGUUAAAACGUUUAGACAAUUUUAAACAAGGAACUUUGAAAUAGGUGUUUCAGUAGAAUAUUGUUUUUCAUAUGCUAUGACAAGAAGAAUUAGGUUAUUACUAAUAUUAUUCAUAAAAUAAACAAUGUUAUUAAUUUCACAUAUUAUGACGUGUUUUUUUAAAUACAUAAAAUAUUUGAAUAUUCUUAAAGAUAUUCUCUUCAUAUUAUUGAUGUUGGUAGUACUGAUUCCUCUUGCUUAGCCAUUAUAUUUAAUUGUGCGCAUGUGUGCGUUGUGCUCUAAACUAGUAUUGACGUUGACAAUUUGCAGUUGAUAUUUAAUAGAAAUCUAACGAAAAGACAGUUGUGGGAGUUUCCCGAGAUAAAAAUUACAUAUUCCAUAAUAUUAUUGAG